GUGGCGUCUUUGUCGAGCGGAUAUUGUUUAUGAUCACUCGACAUUUUCCUUUGCAAAAUAAUUUUGUGGUCGAAAAUACUUUGAUUAUAAUGUUUUCAUUUAUAUCCUGAUACAUAAUAGUGAAUAAUCACCGAACUAUGACUAUAUAUUAAAAUAAAACUUAGUGAAAGUUUUUACAAAUGUUCAGUGCAAGGGACGCUUGCGAAUUCUUCCUCGACCAAUAUAGCGGGAAAUCUCUGUGUCGUGACGCGCACUAACAUUAAGAAUCCCUGUGGAGACUGAAUAUAUUCAACAGCUUGUUAUGUGGUCAUUUACACUUUGACAGUGGUUCCGUGUCUUGUAAAGUAGCGAUUGACAAUGUCUGACGAAAUGGCGGUUAGUGAUAACCCGAGUGGGGAAGAAGCCGUCGUUAAUGGACCUGAAGCGUUGCCAGCGAGUGCCGAGGACGCGGCGCCGGAGGCCCCCGAGGCUCCCAGUACGCCCGCGGACCCGGAGCUUGAAGAUACCAAGCCAAUUAAACCAGAACUUGAGUGGAAUUCAGAAGAAGCUCCAGAGCCCGCAGAAGGCAGUGAUGACAAACGGGGUGUCAAACGCAGGGCGUCCGCGGCUUUCAGCAAUGCUGCUGGUGAAGACUUCCAGGCCUUCAAGGGCUUUGCGAAAAUGGAGCUUGAUGACUCUAUUGUGGAAUACAAGAGAGUUCUAGACGACUUGGAGGCAGACGUGGCAUUGGCCAGUAAAACCGUGGUGCCUCUCAGGACCGUGAUGGGGACACCCACAGCUCCGGCCAGGGCCAGCAAGCGAGCCAGGCAGGAUACAGACGGAUCCAGACCGUCCUCGGCCCUGUCCUCUAGGUCAGAAGACGGUGUUUCGUCCACUGAGGUAUCCUCCCCCGCGGUCCGCGGCCGCCGCGCCACCACCGAGAUGUCCUCUCCCCUGCUCAGGGUGCCUCUAGAGAAGGGCUGGAAACGGGAGCUGGUGUACAGAGCCGCGUUGGAUCAGCACUCGCGGCGCAACGCAGACAUAUACUACUACUCGCCCCACGGCAAGAAGCUGCGCUCCACUAGAGAGGUGGCGGAACACCUCUCUGGGACCGGACUGACGUUAGACAACUUCUCAUUCUUCAAAGAACCACUGGGUGUAGAUGACCCUGAAAAAGAAAUCAUUCGUGACGCGAAGCUGAUGCGGAAAGUGGAGUCGCCCGUCGCUCAAACGGCGCCUCCUGUGGCGGAAGGCAAGCGCACGCCCAAGCCCAAGCCGCCCAAGGGCGUCAGCCCCGAGCCCGUCACUCCCAAGUCGCCGCCGCCCAAAAUUAAGGUGAAGUCAAUGCAGCCGCGGCUGAACCGCACGCCCGCCGCGCCGCUCGCCAAGAAGCCAUCAACCGCCCCCGCCACCGACAACAACAACACGCAGGCCAUCAAGAAGAACAGUGAAUCGAAGCCGGUUCGAGGCCGAGUGGCGAACGGCGCCGCGCCGUCACCCACCACAGAGUCGCCGCGGCGGAGAGGAAGGCCCCGGCUGGACGAGGGCAUAGACCACUUCACUGCCUUCUGUCAGAAGGCGAAGGAACACAACUAUAAUGUGGCUGUACAGAUAUUCCAAUACCUGGGCAUGCGUGACCUUGCGCACUGUGCGCGCGUGUGCCGACUAUGGCGGGAGCUGGCUGCCACGCCACAGCUAUGGAGGCACGUCAGAAUGAAAAAUUCACACGUGAGCGACUGGGGAGGCUUGUUCGCGGCGCUGCGGCGGCACGGCACGAAGAGGCUGGACUUACGCAAGAUGCUGCUCCCGCAGAACGACACCGUGUUCUGGGAGCAGUUCGGGGAGCACGUCAAACAGCUGGACGAGUUGGAGAGGAUAGAGAUGUGCCGCUGCCCGUCGAGCGCGGUGGAGGCGGUGUGCUCGGGCGCGGGCAACCUGCGCGCGCUGUCCGCGCUCGCCAUCCGCUCCGCGCUGCUCGACCCCGCGCCGCUCGCCGCGCUGCCGCAGCUGCAGGAGCUGCGGCUCAAGAGCAUGGCCGGCCUCUCGCUCACCAGGGACCUGCAGCCGCUCGCGGCGCUCACCAGGCUCACGCACCUCUCGCUCACCUCCAUCAAGGAACUAGGUUGGUGCGCGUGCGACGUAGUCGGCCAACUUCCACAACUCGAGUCGCUCGAGCUCGGCGAGUGCAGUUUCCGCGCCGAGUUCGCGCUAGUGCUCGGCAAGCUGACGCGCCUAAAGCGGCUGCGUCUAGAGCGCGGCACCGCGCAGUGUGCGGCCCCGGCCUUACUGCGGGCGGUGGCGCUGCUGCCCAAUCUCACUAGCUUGGAGCUUGUCAACUUCGACGUCAAGGUCGGUUUUGACGACGCGCUGGCCGAAUGCAAAAAUAUACAGAGGCUGCUUAUCAUACCCACGUACGUGUCGCAGUCCGCCACCACUAACAAACAGGUGCUAAGCGGCGUGCUGAGUCUGAAAGACACGCUGACCCACCUGAUGUGGGGCGUCACCAUCGAGCUGCUCCGCGUGACGGAGUUGUUCAUCGACCAGUGCGAGCAGGGCGCCGAGCGGCGCCGCGACGUAGGCGAGUGUAUCCCCGUGCUCAAGCCCGUGCCCGGCUGCAGGCUGCCCCAAGACAACACCAAGCAGGAGCCGCGCACACCCCCGCAGGUGGAGAUCCUCCCGCUGCCGACGCUGCAGCGGCUGCUGUCCGCGCAGCUGCCCAACACCAAGCUGAAGCUGCUCCGCAUACCGUUCCACGCGACCUGGCGCCAGUCCCUAGCCGACUUCCAGUAGCCGACAUGCCCGUGUGGAAUAC